UAGGCCAGUUGUUAAACAUUCCUUUAUAGCUGCUGAAAUAGAAUCUUUAAAACAAUGUCCUGCUUUCGAAAAUCUGUAGAAUAUUUUAUCGAAAUAAUUAAGACCAAAUCUUGGUGGCGAAAGACAAAACAAAUUUGGCAAGAAUCAACCAGACUCGAUGGCGCUUUUUAUUUCCUUGAUUUGGAGCAAGGCUGCCUUCUAAUAGCUCUUUUCGGGGCUCUGGUGAGCUUUGUAAAGAUCUGCUGGAUAUAUUAUCUAGUCUACAGAUCGGACACAAGGUCAUUGUUCCCAGAUCCCAUUUGGGUUUUUUUAAUGUUUAAAGAUAAAAAGCAAUAUUUCGUUUAUCACCACACACACUAUCAAUUCCAUGUGGGGCGAAAUCUUGUUUCUAUAUUGAAUUCUACGUUGUUAUUCUGGGGAGUUAAAUGGGCCUAUGUGGUUUUUCUGUAUUAUUGGAUUCAUAUUGCGAUCUUCACCUGGGCCAUGGAAUUUUAUAAUAUGCUCUUUGACAACUUUAAGCUUUCUCAAAUGUUUCUUUUUAUGUUACCUACAUUUGGGCUUCAAGCUUAUUUCAUUGUAAUAGUUAUAUCUUUAAUUUGGAAACUAGGCGAGAAGCCGAAUUCUAAGACCAAAGAAAUCCAAGAACCAACCUUAGAGCUUAUGAAAUAAUGAAUUAAGAAGAAUUUCGGAGGAUAAGAAUGGUUCAAAUAUAAACUAGGAUACAUCAACUAAGCACAUUCACAUUCAAAACAAAUUAAAUUUUAAAUUUCAAACCCUUAA